AGAGGGUGUUGUAGUAGUGAUGAGAGAGAAAAGAAAACUGUCAAGUGAGAGCUGUAAUUGUAUCAGAACCUUGGCAGGUGGUCUUUUAACUUUUUUUCCUCUUCAAAAUAACUCUCUCCAUUCUCUUUCUUUCUCUCUCUACAUUUACUUGCAUGCAGUGUUCUCACUAUUCUCUCUCUCUCUCUCUCUAUCUAUCUAUCUCUCUCUGCAGGGCUCUUUGGCAGAACGAUGUGAUUGAACACAUCAAAGCCAGAGCCUGCUCUUCUCCUCCUUUGCACAUUUUUCCAUAAUCUUUAUUACUUUGUAAUUACAUUCCUCUUCUUCUUCUACUACCUUAAUCUCUGUCGGUGAAAAAAAAAAUCCCAUCUUUCAUUUACAACCUUUCUCUUGUCAAAAUGUACUUCCAGUUUGUCUUCCUAGGAAGAGGUUUUGUGUAAUAAAAGUUCGUUCUUUAUUCUUUACUGUGUUGAAAUAUACUGUAAGCCUGUUUUUGAGAAGUGGGCUAUGGCUGAAUCUUGGAAAAGAUUCGUUCUUGUUGGAUUUCUGGUGGGUUUGAGCUUUUUUUCCGGUGAUUGUGACGGUGGCGGCGACGGUGAGUUUGGGAGUACUUUGGUGGAGGUGAAGAAAUCAUUUAGAGAUGUGGACAAUGUGCUGUAUGACUGGACUGAAUCUCCAUCUUCAGACUAUUGUGUAUGGAGAGGAAUCUUGUGUGAUAACGUCACCUUCAAUGUGGUUGCACUUAAUCUUUCAGGUUUGAAUCUUGAUGGGGAAAUUUCGCCUGCAAUUGGCCUGCUUAAAGGCCUUGUCUCAAUUGAUUUACGGGGAAAUCGGCUCACCGGACAGAUCCCGGAUGAAAUCGGGGACUGCUCAAAUUUGGAAAGCUUGGAUUUAUCAUUCAAUGAGCUAUAUGGGGAUAUUCCCUUUUCGAUUUCGAAGCUCAAGCAGCUUGAAAAUUUGAUUUUGAAAAAUAAUCAGUUAAUCGGUCCAAUCCCUUCGACACUAUCUCAGAUUCCAAACCUAAAAAUUCUGGACUUGGCUCAGAACAAGCUUAGUGGAGAAAUACCAAGACUGUUGUAUUGGAAUGAAGUCUUGCAAUAUUUGGGUUUGAGAGGUAAUAAUCUACAAGGUUCACUCUCUGCCGACAUGUGUCAGCUAACGGGAUUGUGGUAUUUUGAUGUAAGAAAUAAUAGCUUGACUGGUUCGAUUCCCGAUAGUAUUGGCAACUGUACUGCCUUCCAGGUUCUGGAUUUGUCGUACAAUAAUUUGACGGGUGAGAUUCCGUUCAAUAUCGGGUUUCUCCAAGUUGCUACGUUGUCCCUCCAAAAUAACCGAUUUUCUGGGCAAAUACCAUCGGUUAUUGGGCUGAUGCAAGCACUUGCAGUGUUAGAUCUAAGAUAUAACGUGUUGAGUGGAACAAUCCCACCAAUUCUUGGAAACUUAACAUACACUGAGAAACUUUAUCUUCAUGGUAACAGGCUAAGUGGCUCGAUUCCUCCUGAGCUUGGAAAUAUGACAAAGCUCCACUAUCUGGAAUUAAACGAUAAUCUGCUCACUGGGCGUAUUCCGCCAGAACUCGGGAAACUCACUGAUUUAUUCGACCUAAACGUGGCAAACAACCACUUAGAGGGGCCUAUACCAGAUAAUCUUAGCUCUUGUACAAAUCUGAAUAGCCUAAAUGUGCAUGGAAACAAAUUGAGCGGAACUGUUCCCCCUACAUUUGAAAAACUCGAGAGCAUGACUUAUCUGAACCUAUCUGCCAACGGUAUAAGUGGUCCGAUUCCGAUUGAGCUAUCUCGAAUCGGUAAUUUAGACACGUUAGACCUUUCGAAUAAUAGGAUAAGUGGUUAUAUGCCAUCUUCUCUCGGUGAUUUGGAACAUCUCCUCAAACUUAAUUUAAGCAACAAUGAGUUGACCGGAGUCAUACCUGCCGAGUUUGGCAACUUGAGAAGUGUUAUGGAGAUAGAUCUGUCAAGUAAUCACCUAUCAGGCUCGAUUCCUCCGGCUCUUGGUCAGCUUCAAAAUGUCUUCUUGCUUAAGCUGGAAAACAACAACAUAUCUGGUGACGUAAUGUCCCUUGCAAAUUGCAUGAGUCUUACAGUGCUGAACGUAUCGUACAACAAUCUUGUCGGAUAUAUUCCCACAGGAAAUAAUUUCUCAAGGUUUUCACCCGAUAGUUUCUUGGGCAAUCCUAAUCUCUGUGGCUAUUGGCUCAGCUCUUCGUGCCACACACCUCAUACAGCCGAACGAGUUUCGAUAUCGAAAGCAGCUAUACUUGGAAUUGCUGUGGGAGCACUGGUUAUUCUUCUAUUAAUCUUAAUCGCAGUUUGUCGGCCCCACAAUCCGAAAUCGGUUAUAGACGGCUCGCUCGAUAAACCAGUGAAAUACUCGUCUCCGAAACUCGUAAUACUCCACAUGAACAUGGCACUCCAUGUAUACGAAGACAUUAUGAGAAUGACCGAAAAUCUGAGCGAGAAAUACAUAAUCGGAUAUGGAGCGUCAAGCACAGUUUACAAAUGUGUCUUAAAAAAUUGCCGUCCAGUUGCGGUCAAGAAACUGUACUGUCACCCACAUUGUCUGAAAGAAUUCGAAACUGAGCUGGAAACAGUUGGCAGCAUUAAACACCGUAAUCUCGUCAGUCUCCAAGGCUUCUCUCUUUCUCCCUCGGGAAAUCUUCUUUUUUACGAUUACAUGGAAAACGGCAGCUUGUGGGACCUACUUCACGGAGCUACUAAAAAGAAGAAACUCGAUUGGGAAACUCGUCUGCGAAUAGCACUCGGUGCUGCACAAGGGCUCGAAUAUCUCCACCACGACUGUAACCCUCGGAUAAUCCAUCGGGACAUAAAAUCUUCGAAUAUUUUAUUGGACAAAGAUUACGAGGCGCACCUCGCAGAUUUCGGCAUUGCGAAAAGCUUGUGUGUGUCCAAAACACACACUUCCACUUUUCUAAUGGGUACGAUCGGUUACAUCGAUCCAGAAUAUGCACGCACGUCUCGCCUAACGGAGAAAUCCGAUGUCUAUAGUUACGGGAUCGUUCUAUUGGAGCUCCUUACGGGACUAAAAGCCGUUGACAAUGACUCCAAUCUACUUCAUCUUAUUUUGACGAAGACAGCAAAUAAUUCGGUGAUGGAUACAGUUGCAAGAGAGAUUUCGGAGACGUGUAAAGAUCUUGGAGAAGUGAAGAAGGUUUUCCAGCUGGCGCUAUUGUGCACCAAGAGACUGCCUUUGGAUCGGCCGAGCAUGCAUGAAGUCGUUAGGGUUUUGAACACGAUGGUGGUGAAUCUCCCGGAAGGUAAAUCGUUCGGACAGAAUAUUCAGUCAGGCCCACUUCUCCCGUCGACGAAGAUUCAGUGCUACAUGGAUGAGUAUGCUAAUUUGAAAACUCCUCAUUUGGUGAACUGCUCGUCGAUGAGUACAUCAGAUGCGCAGCUUUUUCUCAAAUUCGGAGAAGUGAUUUCUCAAAAUAGUGUUUAAGAAACUCAAAAAUUGGAAUCAAGAAUAUAUAUUAUUGUGCUGUGUAAAUAAAGUUGAACACAUGUAAUUGUAGUAAUUUGCUUAUCUUGAACAAUAUCUUUGAACAUGUCUGAAUUGCUCAAAGUAAGUUAUAACAUAUUUCGUAUUAGUUUA